CUUCCCGCCAUUAGUCCUCACGAGCCAAAGAGCACUUUGCCUUUUAACUAACGUUAGCUUAAACUUUACAAGAAAAUAUCUUGGUUUUGUUUAGUUUCGAUUACAGUGGUGUUUAAUUUGUGAGCAGCUGAAAGACAGGACCAACUAUAGCUAACGCUAGCUAUUCAGCAUAGAAAGCUAACGCUAGCGAACCUGUCACAUUAGCUUAGCAUUAAGUUAGCUGACCUAGCUGAAGAUUCCGGUUGAUUGACACUGAGUCAGCAAAAAAAUAUUUGAUCAUCAACUAUAAACCAUUCCUACAUUGAACAUGAAAUCUGCCGAGGAUCAGGUUGUUGAAGAGGAUGCUAGUUUUCAGGAUGACGAGGAAACCUUCUUCCAAGACAUUGACCUGCUACAGAAACAUGGCAUUAAUGUGGCAGACAUCAAAAAGAUGAAGUUAGUGGGUAUCUGCACCGUAAAGGGGAUCCAGAUGACUACUCGAAAGGCUUUGUGCAACAUCAAGGGCCUCUCAGAGGCCAAAGUGGAAAAGAUCAAGGAGGCUGCUGGGAAAAUGCUGAAUGUUGGUUUCCAGACCGCCUUUGAGUACAGUGCCAGGAGGAAGCAGGUGUUCCGCAUCACAACUGGGAGCCAGGAGUUUGAUAAACUUUUAGGUGGAGGUAUAGAAAGUAUGGCUAUCACCGAGGCCUUUGGAGAGUUCCGCACAGGGAAAACCCAGCUGUCUCACACGUUCUGUGUCACCGCUCAGCUGCCAGGCGAGGACGGCUACUCGGGAGGGAAAAUUGUCUUCAUUGACACAGAGAACACCUUUCGUCCAGACAGAUUGAGAGACAUCGCUGACCGGUUUAACGUGGACCACGGUGCCGUGCUGGACAACGUGCUGUACGCCCGGGCCUAUACUAGUGAACACCAGAUGGAGCUGUUGGACUUUGUAGCUGCCAAGUUCCAUGAGGAAGGAGGCGUGUUCAAACUUUUGAUCAUUGACUCCAUCAUGGCUCUCUUCAGAGUAGACUUUUCUGGUCGAGGUGAGCUGGCUGAGCGCCAGCAGAAACUGGCCCAGAUGCUCUCCAGGCUGCAGAAGAUUUCUGAAGAAUACAACGUGGCAGUGUUCAUCACCAACCAAAUGACAGCUGAUCCCGGUGCAGGAAUGACGUUUCAAGCUGAUCCAAAGAAGCCAAUUGGUGGGCACAUCCUGGCACACGCCUCCACCACACGGAUCAGCUUGAGGAAAGGGCGUGGGGAGAUGAGAAUUGCCAAAAUAUUUGACAGUCCCGAUAUGCCUGAGAAUGAGGCCACGUUUGCCAUCUCCGCUGGAGGAGUCACUGAUGCCAAAGAGUAAAGGACAAAAGGAAGAGAGACGCAUGUUAGCGCAGCCCCCUGUUGCCAUCAGUUUUUAAAUGGAUUUAUUUAUUGAGUUUCAUAACUUUCAUAUAAUAUAUCAACACAUGUAAUAUUUAGCCAUGGUACUUCUGAUGUAUUCUACGCUUUGUAGUAUUUUUCCAGUGUUUUGACGUUAGAAUAAAAACAC